AUGGAAGACAAAAAAGAGCCACUCCUCCAAGACUAUGAGCAAGACCAAGAAGACCUUAUGAAGAAUGAUUUUGUCUCAAAGUAUAAAGACCUUCCUUCCAUUGAUGUGGAGAUGAGUUACUUAAGUGAUUUUAGUCAUAAAGGAACAUCCUGAUUAUACAAAUCUUUCUACCCACUCCUUGUAAUUCUUUAUUAUCUUUUCUGAUGAUGAUUCUGUUUCAAGAGUGAUGCUGAGCCUCCAAGAAAAUUAGUUGCUAAAAGGUUUAAAAGGUGGAUUAAAAGACGAGGUGAACGUAAAUAGAGAUCCUCUUGAUGCAUUGCUCAAACUUUAUGCUCGAGAAGAAGGAAUUGUAGAAGAACUUGAGGAAAUCAGACUCAAUCCUGAUUUCACCUCAAUCUUUAGAAACGAUCUCGAGUUUUAUCUCCCUCAGUUAUGCUCAUACUGCCUUUUUGAAGAUGAUUUUGAUGACUUAAAACGGUUUAUUAUCAUAGCUGCACAAUCUAACAUUUUCUUUUCACACAGAGUGUUAUUUUUCUUAGAAUCCCUCAUGUCUACAGAUGACUCUGUAAAUGAAAACAUCCAGAGCAUUCUAGCCACUUUAUCCCAGACCACUAUCCCAAACAUCCAUAAAUAUAGAGAAAAUGGGCAGCACACACAGAAAGAGAUCGAAGAAGUCAUUGAAAACUACAAAAAGACAGAAAUCUUAUCUCCUCACACAAUUCAUAGAUAUCGGAAAUAAGAUAUGUGCUUCUGACAUCACUCUUGAGAAAUAUUGUUACACGAUGGGGGUUGAGACAAAUUUGACAAAUGAAAAUGGGUAUUUAUCCACACCUUUCUUUGUGUUCUCCCUGACUAAUUUAUGAAAUAUAAUCUUGAACUCUAUUGAUAGAGAGAGUGCUCUCUUUGAAGGACUACAGAAAAUAAAUAUGCACUUGCCUGCUUCAGUAUACAUCCCAUUCGUGAAUGCUUCCAUGCGUAAUUAUGUGGUCCUUCACAUAAAUGUGAUGGAAGCCAAAGUCUUUGUGACUAAAGAACGGGCUCCAUUCUUGGUCUGAGUAGAAGUAUUCAGACCUCAAGAAAAAGAAUUUAGAGAGAAAAUUGACCAGAUUGAAGACAGCUCUUCGAGUGAGGAUGAAGAAGAACUCCUAGAUAUUGAGAUGCAAAAUAAAUCUACAAACAGAGUUGCAACACAAUGGAAAAACUUUUUAAUCAAAAGUAAUGUGAUUGAGAAAGAGGAAAAAUUUCCCCCUCAAGAAGAUAACAUAGACAGUCCUCCUAAGUUCCAGACUAAACACAAAAGCCAUGGUGCUGUCAAAGAUUCUCUUAGAGGACAUUUAGAGAAGCGUAAACCUCAAAACAAAAGAAAAUUUGAUAUUAUGAAAACACUAUUUAAAAAGAACAAGCUUCACAAAGAAGACUUAAUUAAGAAGAUUGAUAAAUUCGCUGAUGAAAAAUUCUCUCAUCUUGUCAGUCUCAAGAAAAUUAAGAAGCAUGAUCCCUUCAGUGAUUUUCUUGAUUUUAACCAACCGAGAAGUAUGAGCAGGACCUUUACGGGAGAUAUGAAUUCUCUACAGCCCAAUUCACUGAGAAAAUUAUCAGAUGCAAUAGACAUUCCUUCUCCAAUAGAAUUUGAGAAAUCAAAUUCCCACAAGGAGAAUGAUAAUCUUGCUGGCACCAAUCUAACAAGGAAGGGAAAAUCUGAUGAACAUGACACUAGUGAAUUAGUCCAUUCUCCCUCAUGAAUUGGGGACUUCUACGAAGGUCCUAUAAUCCAGAAGAAUAGUGUUAUUGUGACAAAAGGACACCUCAACAAGCCCUGCAUGCUUUCAGCUACAGGAAAACCAAUAAAAAUAGAACCUAACAAUUUUGGGAAAAAUAACUAUGAGGAAGAAAAGUAUACCUUCUCGAAAUCCAAUCUUCUUAACGAAGAUGAUCAAUCAGUGACUAACUCUGAUGAAGAUAUAAAGGUAUCAGGAGAGACUGCUACUGAACAAGAGAGGAGAAUUCGCAAGCAUAGCAUUUUUGGGCACUUAAAAACUUGGAAAUUACUCAGACUUAUCGUUAAGAGUGGAGAUGAUCUGAGACAAGAGCAAUUUGCAAUGCAACUAAUUUGUCAAAUCGAUCAAAUAUUUAAGAAAAAGAAGCUAAAUAUCUGGCUAAAGACUUAUGAAAUACUCGCUACAGGUAAAGAUUGCGGCUUAAUAGAGUUUUUGUCAGAUGCAAUUAGUAUUGAUGCAUUGAAGAAAAAGCAUCCUACUUGAUCCCUGGAUGAUUAUUUUAAGACAAAAUUUACUACUAAAAAGGCUCUUUCAAAGGCAAGAGAUGCUUUUGCAAGAUCCUUGGCGGGAUAUUCACUAGCCUGCUAUAUCUUACAAAUAAAGGAUAGACACAAUGGCAAUAUUUUGCUUGAUUCAGAAGGACAUAUAAUGCACAUAGAUUUUGGAUUCCUCCUGACCAAUGCUCCUGGGAAAGGUCUAAACUUUGAACAAGCUCCGUUUAAGCUUACAGAUGAGUUCAUCGAAGUCCUAGAGGGUCCAGAGAGUAAGUACUUUAAAAGAUUCAGACAGAAAUUGAUAUCAGGAUUCUCAGCAAUCCAAAAGAAAGCAGAACAUUUAAUCUGCCUUGUUGAAAUGAUGAUCGUAAGCCAAGAAGAACUUGAUUGCUUCUACGGUGGUAGAGAGAGGGUCAUUAAUGAGCUCAGAAGUAGGCUAUUCCCCUUCAAUAGAAACAAAGUAAUGUCUAGAGCGGAAUGUAGGGAGUAUGUAGACCAGCUGAUUGAUCAAUCUUCCAAUAACUGGAGGACUAAAUUCUAUGACGGAUUUCAAAAAUGCUGUCAAGGAAUUGCUGCAUAA